AUGGACGGCAAGAGCAAUGCCAUGUUUCUAAAGUCAUGGAGCACAAUUUGCAGAGAAGGGGGAGCAGGAGCCCAUCCGCCAGAACUAUUGCCGGUUCUGGAAAGAUCCUUGAUUGCUGACCCGUUAGAUAUCAUCAAGAUUUACGUUGAUCAUUGGAUGAAAACGACGGAGAAUAAGAGAAGCCUCAUUCCAAUGGAUAUGAAACCGGCAACUGGGUUAUACAGGAGAACAUUCCGGUUAGCUCCAGGGGAGAUUGGACAAAUAAAGGGGAAAAUAAAGUUCCCUGUUUCUAGUUACACGGCGGUAUGUGCAUACGUUUGGAGAUGUCUAGUGAAAGCAGAGGAGGGGGACAUAACAAAGGAGAGUGUUUCUCUGACUAUCGUCGUGGAUUGUCGAUCGCGAUUGGAGCCUCCGAUCCCUGCAAAUUACAUUGGAAACUGCCUUACUUAUCUGUUUGCUAAGGAAAAGGUUGCGUCUUUGGUGGGAGAUGAUGGGCUGGUGUUGGCGGCAACCGCCAUUAAAGAGGCAACGGGAAGGUUGGAAAAGGAAUCAGUUGUGAAAGGAGCGGAGAAGUGGCUUUCGGAAGAAAGUUCAACGUAUAGCAAUGAGAAGGUGUAUGGAGUUGGUGCGUCGACGAGGUUUGAUCUGUAUGGUUCUGAUUUUGGAUGGGGACGGCCGAGGACGACGGAGUUGGUUUCCGCUGAUAGGAAUAGUUCUUUCUCGCUUUGUGAUGGUAGAGAUGGAAAUGACGUGAAUAUUGAGAUUGGGAUAGUGUUGAAGAAGGUCCAGAUCGAAGCUUUUGCGUCUCUUUUCGCUCAAGGGCUUCAACAAUAUGAAUGA